AUGAAGAAAGGAGGUGUCUAUGAUUUAGAGUUUGAUAGUAAACUUUCGACUGCAAGCAGCAAUGUUGUCUAUCAGAAUAUAGAGUGUGUCGAUAUCAGACCGAGCGGUAUCUAUGUACUGAAGUUUAUGUAUAGAGAGUGGAUAGGACCGUUGACCCAACUGGUAAACCCAAAGUCAUCGAUCAAGAUCUCGAUCGAUCUCAAAGAGGGUCUCGUAACAUGUCUUCACACCGACAAGAAGAAGACCGUCUAUCGAUGGGACAUCAAUCAAGGUCUAGACAUUGCAAAGGGUGGUGGUGCAUCCGGUUCGAAAGAAGAGAACAACGUAUCAUAUACUACAUUUUCAAAUAAUCUAUUCUCUGUUGAUAAAUAUACAAAUGAUUUGUUUCAACAUAAGAAUGAAAUACAAUCUACACAGCAUUUAUCAUUCUUGAAUGAAAGAAAACUAGGAUGUAUUGACUUUUUAAAGAAAGAUGUAUAUAAGAAUCAUACUAUUUUCAUUGGUGCAUCAAAAGAGAUUGCGAAUUCUGAAGUAGAUAUGUUAGAUUUUAGAAAUUUAAUAACUGAUUAUGGAAAUCAUAUUACAGCAAUACAGAAUCUAUCUAUUAAUUGGGAUCAUUAUAAAAUUAAACAACAAUCAAAGAAUGAAUAUGAAACACUUUCAAAGACAACAGAACCAAUUCAAUGGUUAACAACAGUUCCACAUGAAUUAGAGGUUGCUGUAGAGCAAAGAGAAUUUGAAACUGCUGUUUCUAUUGUUGAAAAAAUUAAUGAAAUAUAUCAAAAUAAUCAAAAGGUAGAGAUUGUAAUGCAAACACAUCCAUUGAAGGAAUUGGUAGAUCAGAGAAUCAAGUCGUUGACAGAGACACUGAUAGAUACGCUAAGAUCACCUAUUUUGAAACCAACUCAAAUCAAAGAAACCAUUGCUUGGUUGGUUCGUCUCGGUCAAACCGAUCAAGCUAAAACCAUCUUCCUAGAGAGUAGAACCAACACCAUACAGGCAGCCAUCAAAAAGCUAGUUAAACGCGGUGAUUUAGUAAGAAACAUCGGUGAGAUAACAAAGAUUACAUUCAGUCAGAUCGAUACAACCUGUCAAGACUAUUGCAACUCAUUCUCAGAGGCAUACAUGACGAGUGGUUUGAUCGAGUGGAUCAUCUAUCAGCUAGAGAUCAUCUGUGAUACCAUCAACCGACAAGUAUUCAUUAUCGAUAACUUUCAAACUAUAUCUCAUAUUUUAAGAAUAGUUGAAUCUCAUUGUGAAAUGUUGGAUCAAAGUGGUUUAUCUUUGAUAUCUUAUUGGAAUUUAUUGUUAAAUCCACAUCUAGAAAAGUUAAUAUCAACCUAUGAAUCAAAGAUUGUAGAUCUUUUACAACAACAUCUAAAUGAAGAGAAAUGGGUUGGUAACACUCAAUGGGAGUAUGAGAUUACAAUUCAACCUAAAUCAGCUCCAAACUCACCUGUUCAAUCACCAAAGAACUCUUUCAUAAGCCAACAUCUACAACAUCAGCAACACAAUGAGGAAGUUAAAUUGAAACUAACAGAGAGUACUAUAUUUUUAAAUACAAUUAUACAAAGAUUUGCAAAUGAUAUCUGUCAUAUUACAACUGUUGAACUUAUACCAGUAGUAUCAAGUUCAUUACAAAAGAUAUUUAAGGAAUACAUGUCACACUUGUUGACAGCGAUGCAAAAGGAUUUGAAUGAUAGUCAAGCACAUGCAAUCAUAUCGGAUGCAGUUUUCAUUACAGAGGAUCUAUUGUUUAGAAUUUCAAAUAGAAUCGAAGAUGCAUUGGACAGACCAAUCAACAAUCUAGAGAUGCUCAAAGAGAAUCUCGACGGUUUGUUUAGGAGGAUCAGAGAUGAGUAUGCAGCGAAGAAGGCAGUCGAGAUAGUCGUGAACAUAAUGAUUUGGGAUGAAGGUGUCUACUCUAUCGAGGAAGAGAUAGAACCGUUCCCCAAGAAGUUUAUCAAGCUCUCAGAGUAUUUGGAGACACUGUCCAAUUCGAUUCAAAACAACGUCAACGUAGAAAGUGUCAUUCCAAUUACCUCUCGUAUCCUCUCGGAGAUCGUUGUUGUCAUCUCUCAGAAACUACAGACGCUAGGUCAAUCCAUGAGUUAUGGCUAUGGUGGACUUCAACAUUUCGUACUGGAGAUGAAGUAUUUGAAUACCAUACUAGGAAAGUAUGAAGUCGAACAGAUUACCUACGAUAUCAUUUCAUCGAUGAUUGAGAAUGCCAAGACUUCUUAUGCCACCGCCAAUAGCUUUGAUCCAGAGACCGUCUUGAAACCAAAGGAAGAAUUCGAUGAGGUUAUUGUAAAUUUAGUUUAUCAGAAAGCAGAAAGGAAUUAG